AUGUUCUGCCUUCCAUGGAUCGGCUGUGGACCCAAGCGCCAGUCAGAAUGGAGAGACGUUUACGACGUCCGCAAAUCCCGCACGCGAAUUCGUCUAUCACUGGACAAACACCAUCUACCUCACCGUCGUCUCCGGCUGAAGUUAUCCCUCGUCCCUGCUCCCGGGAAACGCAUCGGCCACGCCACCUUGCGCAUCAUCCUCCCCGGAGGUACAACCGUAGUGGCAGUAUGGCCGGAAGAGGCCUCGAGAGGGCCCACAACGCGAACGGACUGGCGCAACCGGCGUCAGACCUCCACGACAUCCAAAUCGGCGCUCCAGGGCGGACUAGGCGCGGUGAACUUGCAGGCUGGCGUCGAACGCGAAGUGACCCACGAGGUGGAGCGCAGAUACACGGUCCGCAAUGGACAGACGGCUCGCGGCGACGGGGUGGGGUCAUCAGAGGCAUACUGGGUAUUUGUCGAAGACAUCAGCGAAGCCGGGAGAGGGGGGAUUGCUACACACACCGAGAUGUAUGUCGAGCUCGACAAACUCCCCGACUCCUUCGACUUCAAGCUGAAUCUCGAAAUAUUGCCGGGUCGAAAGAAGCAUAGAUGGAACAAUGCGGAGGUAUAUAAAUCGGGCGUUCGGACUGUGUCCCUACGUGACAUCAAGUAA